AUGAUCGGCCUCGUCAGCGGCUACUGGAACACCAGCUCCAACGCGAGCGAAGUGGAGCCAGCGGCAGUACAAGCUGCAAGCUCCAGCUGCCUCUUCGCCAACUACCCACCUUGGCUGCUCUACCUGGCGGCGGUCUGUUGCUUCAUCUUCACCCUCGUCGGCAUUCCCGGCAACAUAAUAACCCUGGCGGCGCUGUUUCCUCGCGCCAAAAAGCUGAGAAACGCGACUACGGUCUUCAUCAUGAACUUGUCCGUGUCGGAUCUGAUGAGCUGCAGCUUCAAUCUUCCACUGGCAACCUCGUUGUUUCUCCACUCCCGUUGGGUGCACGGGCCGGUUCUUUGCAGCACCCACGUACUGAUGCGCUACGGUUUGGUAGCCGUCAGUCUUUUCUCCGUACUGGCCAUCACGAUCAUGCGACUAGUGAUGAUGGAGGGACUCUACAAACUGUACAAGCGCAAGCACCUGGCCCUCAUGGUGCUGUCGACGUGGAUCGGUGGCUUCGGGCCCCUGGUACCCGUGUGGUUCGGUCGACUGGGCCAAUUCGGCCUCGAUCCCGAGUACUGCUCCUGCUCCAUCCUCGCCGACUCGAACGGCCGCAACCCCAAAGUUUUCUUAUUCGUCCUCGCCUUCGCCGCCCCCUGCACCUCCAUCGUCGUCUGCUACGCCCGCAUCUACUGCAUCGUCCGCAAAACCACCCGGGAGCUCCGGGACCACCGCAACAUCCAAAUACAGGCAAUCGGCAAGAGCUGCUCGACGAGGCUCGCGGAGGACUCGGCCAUCGGCUCGAUGACUCACGCGACACCCAGUGAGAACAGUUCGCAUCACCAGGUGCCCGAGUUGAGGCUACUACCCGCGCCGGAUCCAGCGGUUGAGUGGUCCAGUAUCGUUGGAACAAGCCCCGAACGGAGCCGUUGUUUUCUGAGCCUACCGGGUGGUGGGACCGGCAGCAUGUGGACUCCAGACGAGCCAGGUAGUUCCGAGGACGGAGGGAGCUCGAGGUCGAGUUCGCCCUCGAGGGUUCGCCGGCAGUUGCCGGCCGGCGGUGCUUUCUUCUGCACUAAGCAGCAGACGACGACGCCUCGUGGCAGCGAGGCUGGCUGUAGGAAGAUGAUGACGGACAAGGACCGCAAGCUGCUACGCAUGAUCCUCGUGAUAUUCGUGUCAUUUGUCGUCUGCUAUUUGCCGAUAACCGUCACCAAGAUAUUCAAGGGGACGCUCGACUGGCGGGGCUUCGACGUAGCUGGUUACCUGCUUAUUUAUCUGACAACUUGCAUCAACCCGGUCAUUUACGUGGUCAUGAGCUCCGAGUACAGGAGCGCCUACAAGAACGUACUUUUCUGUCGCGGUGAAUCGCCGGCGGCCGGUGCUCAGGCUCGUCGAUGAGAGA